AUGCCUUCUCCAACUUCAUACCGUUCCGCGGACCCGCCAGGCUCCCCAGCGAAUGAUUCCGAUUCAGACCUCGAUCUCGACAUCCAGGAGCUCGAUCCUGCGACUACCACCACUCACCGCAGCCCUGGACUCAUCCGCACCGACCGACAGACCGCCGAGCAUCGAUCGCCACGUAUAGCACUGCGAAAUCUACGUAUGGGGGGCUCACGUCGGGCUGGGCAGAGGGCCAAGGGAUAUGGAGAACUAGGUCAGAACCGUGACGGCGAUACCGAGGACUCUGAAGCCCUCCUCGGCGGAACCGGAGGCUCCUCGUCACGAUAUAGGGAUGGAAAUGCUGGGUCCGACGAUGACGACUCCCACGAUUCCCCUUUGCUCCCGGGCGGGUCGCCAGCGAGGCGCCGUUCAUUUGCUGGUGACAGGUUCGAACGCCUCACCUCCAGUUUACGACUGCCUAGCUUCAUGUCGAACUCAGGGGCACAGCAAGCAAAGGCCGACGAUGACCAAGAUCAGGACGAGGACGACCCCUCUGCCUCCCGCCAUGUCGCAGUAGGGUCUUCUCAGUCAACGAGAUUCCCUCCCAACCUCAUCUCCAAUGCCAAGUACACGGCGCUGUCGUUUCUGCCCGUAACGCUCUAUAACGAAUUCUCCUUCUUCUUCAACAUGUACUUUUUGCUGGUCGCUUUGUCGCAGGCCAUUCCAGCUCUACGAAUCGGUUACCUAACGACGUACGUUGCGCCGUUGGCGUUUGUCUUGUUUAUUACCAUGGGAAAGGAGGCAUACGACGACAUUGAAAGACGGCGGAGAGAUAACGAGGCCAAUGCCGAGGAAUACACGAUCCUCAUGUUCGACGAACCAGGCCGUGGCUUUGGCUCCCAGCGGUCGCAUAAGAGGUUGAAAUCGGAUUCGAUCAGAAGAGGCAAGAACUCGGCGAACCGCGACAGACUUUCGGAUAUUCAGGAAGAGGAGGAGCGCGCAGAAGGAGACGGCGGACAGCCCCCGCCGUCAUCAUCUGUCCGCGAAGUUAGCCGGAAAUCCCGCGACCUCAAAGUUGGUGAUGUCCUCAAGCUGAGCAAGGGCCAGAGAGUUCCCUCCGAUGUCGUCAUUUUGAAGUGCAUCACUUCGGAAUCCAGCACCGCAGCCCCAGUUAUGGAGACCAUUGCGGAGGAGGAGUCUUUGCUUGUCGACACAGACGAUGAAGAGCACAAGAGCGCGCCAGAACCGAAGGGCAAAGAAGCUGAAAAGAGCGAGAGUGGAGGUGGAGCAGCUGGCGAAACGUUCAUCAGAACCGAUCAGCUUGACGGUGAGACGGACUGGAAACUGCGUUUGGCGUCACCUCUUUCGCAGACUUUGGCGACCGAAGAGUUUGUUCGGCUUCGCGUUACGGGAGGCAAGCCUGACAGAAAGGUCAACGAGUUCUUGGGCACCGUCGAACUAUUGCCGACCAGGAGGGACGCACAGAGCCAACAAGGUGACUUGAAUAGCGAAGAAGGAACCUCCGCACCUUUGUCAAUCGACAAUACGGCUUGGGCGAACACUGUCAUUGCGUCCAACGCGACAACUCUGGCGGUCAUUAUGUACACCGGCCCCCAAACGAGAUCGGCGCUUUCCACUGCCCCCUCUCGAUCUAAGACCGGUCUCUUGGAGUACGAAAUCAACUCGCUCACCAAGAUUCUCUGUGCUCUGACACUGGCGCUUUCGAUCAUCUUGGUGGCCUUGGAGGGCUUCUCAAACACCGAAGGCAAUGUGUGGUACAUCAAGAUCAUGAGGUUUUUGGUUCUCUUCUCUACCAUUGUACCCAUCAGCUUGCGCGUCAACCUGGACAUGGGCAAGAGUGCCUACUCCUGGUUUAUUCAACGAGACCCCGGUAUUCCUGGAGCUGUUGUCCGGACGAGCACAAUCCCCGAGGAUCUGGGCAGAAUUGAGUAUCUGCUUAGUGACAAGACGGGCACAUUGACUCAAAACGAAAUGGAGAUGAGAAAGAUACACGUAGGCACGGUCUCGUACGCCAACGAGGCCAUGGACGAGGUCAACUCGUAUGUUAAACAGGCUUUCCACAUUCAACCCACUACGGAUCCGGCGACACAUACAGCUUUGAUCACGCCUUCUUCUACAGUCUCUAGCUCUGCAAACGUGGGCGCUACCCGUACGAGGAGAGAAAUUGGUUCCCGUGUCAGAGACGUUGUUCUGGCACUGGCUCUAUGCCACAAUGUUACGCCAACUACAGAAGAGGAGGACGGCAAGACGGUUGUGUCGUACCAAGCGUCAUCGCCUGAUGAGAUUGCCAUUGUCCGUUGGACCGAAUCUGUUGGCCUUCGCCUGGCGCACCGAGAUCGUAAGGGCAUGGUUCUCGAGUCAACGGACACCGGCCGUGAGGUUGUCCGCGUGCGCAUCAUGGAUGUCUUCCCGUUCACUUCCGAGGGAAAACGCAUGGGUAUCAUUGUCCAGUUUUUCGACCACAGUCAGUCUACUCCGCCCAACCUCGCGAACAGCGAGAUCUGGUUCUAUCAGAAGGGCGCCGAUACGGUCAUGAGCGCCAUCGUGGCCGAGAAUGACUGGUUGGACGAGGAAACCGCCAAUAUGGCCCGUGAGGGUCUGCGUACACUCGUGGUCGGACGGAAGCGUUUGUCGUACCAGCAGUACCAAGAGUUCUCCUCGAGCUACCAAGCAGCUUCUUUGGCUAUCACUGGACGUGACGCUGGCAUGCAACGAGUUGUUUCCCAUCAUCUCGAGCGCGAUCUGGAGCUUCUUGGUGUCACCGGUGUUGAGGACAAGCUGCAAAAGGACGUCAAGCCAUCCUUGGAGUUGUUGAGGAACGCCGGCAUCAAGAUCUGGAUGUUGACUGGUGACAAGGUCGAAACAGCUCGCUGUGUUGCCGUCAGCUCCAAGUUGGUCGCUCGAGGCCAGUACAUCUACACGGUUGCCAAACUCAAGAAGAAAGACAAUGCCCAAGACCACCUUGACUUCCUCCGCGGAAAGACUGAUUCAUGCCUUCUCAUCGAUGGCGAAAGUCUGGCACUAUUCCUCACCCACUUCCGAAUCGACUUCGUGUCUGUCGCCGUUCAACUGCCCACUGUCGUCGCUUGUCGAUGCUCGCCGACACAAAAGGCGGAAAUCGCCAAGCUGAUCAAGGAAUACACCAAGAAGAGAGUCUGCUGUAUCGGAGAUGGUGGCAACGAUGUUUCCAUGAUUCAGGCGGCAGAUGUCGGUGUCGGUAUCGUAGGCAAGGAGGGUCGACAAGCCAGUUUGGCGGCCGACUUCUCUAUCGAGCAAUUUUUCCACCUGACUAAGCUCCUCGUCUGGCACGGCCGUAACAGUUACAAGCGGAGUGCUAAGCUGGCUCAGUUUGUCAUUCAUCGUGGCUUGAUCAUCGCUGUGUGCCAGACGAUGUACAGCAUUGCCAUCAAGUUCGAACCGGAAGGUCUUUACAAGGACUGGCUUCUUGUGGGAUACGCGACAAUGUACACAGCAUUCCCCGUUCUUUCCCUCGUCCUCGACAAGGAUGUCGAUGAGAACCUCGCAAACCUCUACCCUGAAUUGUACAAGGAGCUCACGUCCGGCCGGUCGCUGUCUUACCGCACCUUCUUCGUUUGGGUGCUGGUCUCGAUCUACCAGGGCUGCACCAUCCAAGGUCUCUCUCAGAUCCUCACAGAAGUCGACGGUCCCAAGAUGGUCGCUGUCUCGUACACCGUCUUGGUCCUGAACGAACUGCUCAUGGUCGCAAUUGAGAUUACCACGUGGCACCCACUCAUGAUUCUCUCCAUCGUCGGCACAUUCUUGGCAUAUGUUGCUUCGGUGCCAUUCCUCGGCGGGUACUUCGACCUCCAAUUCAUCAUCACAUUGGGAUUUGUCUGGCGUGUUCUCGCCAUCGGGGCGAUAUCUCUCAUUCCCCCCUAUGCGGUCAAGCUGAUCAGGAGGACGAUGAAGCCGCCCUCGUACAGAAAAGUACAGAGCACGUAA